AUGGCGCCGGAUUCCGAGUACUCCCGCGCUCCGCUGGUAACCAGUGUCCUCGCCCCGGGCGACGUGCCAGACAAUGUCGACGGCGCUUCGGAAGACGAGUUGGCGCUGGCCGCACUCGGCUACAAGCAGGAGUUCAAACGGGAGUUCUCUGCUUGGACCACGUUUGCUGUCAGCUUCGCCGUGAUGGGCCUGCUUCCUAGUAUCGCCACCACCAUGUCGUAUGGUAUUGGCUACGCUGGCCCAGCCGCAAAUACCUGGGGAUGGAUCAUCUCCGUCAUUUUCAUCCUAUGUAUCGCCGCCUCCAUGGCAGAGCUAUCCUCGAGCAUGCCAACCUCGGGUGGGCUAUACUAUGCGGCAGCUGUCCUGGCAGGCCCAAAGUACGGACCCCUUGCAGCAUGGAUCACUGGCUGGAGCAACUGGCUUGUGCAAGUUACUGGAGCACCAAGUGUAGACUACGGCUGUGCUUCCAUGAUUUUGGCAACUGCUUCCAUUAUGCACCCAGAAUACGUCCCUACGGAUUGGCAAACAUAUCUCCUGACAACCCUCAUUAUGCUGUCACAUGCAUGUUUGAGCAGCAUGCCAACACUCUGGAUCGCCAAGUUCAAUUCCGUCGGCACGAUUGUCAACAUCAUCUGCCUCGCCAUUGUUAUCAUUACCAUUCCUGUCGCAGCCAUCACGAGCCCAAAGUUCCAGCCGAAUGAGGUCGCGUGGGGAAUCCAAAAUAUGACUGAUUUCCCAGAUGGCGUGGCUCUCAUGAUGAGCUUUCUGGCCAUCAUUUGGACAAUGUCUGGAUAUGAUGCCUCCUUUCAUCUUGCCGAAGAGUGCUCCAAUGCAGCUAUAGCCACGCCGCGAUCCAUUAUCAUGACAGCACUCUCAGGGUCUAUCCUGGGCUUCUUUCUCAAUUUGAUAAUCGCAUAUACCAUCACCGAUGUCACGGCAGCGAUGGAGAGUGAUCUUGGACAACCCUGGGCGGCUUACUUGCUGCAGGUUCUUCCGGAGAAGACCGCCGUCGCCCUCCUUGCGCUGACAAUUAUCUGUGCAUAUUCCAUGGGCCAAGGCUGUAUGGUGGCAGCUAGCCGCGUCUGCUUCGCUUAUGCCAGGGACGAUUGCUUUGGCGUUCUAAGCCCCCGCCUCAAGGAGGUGAACAAACGAACACUGACCCCAGUCAACGCCGUUUGGUUCAACACGCUGAUCGGGGUGUUGCUUAAUCUGCUCAUGUUUGGGGGUGUGGCAAUAAGUGCCGUAUUCUCCAUCGGGGCGGUGGCAUCGUUUGUUGCCUUCACUACUCCCAUCUUUAUCAAGACUGUCUUCGUUGGGAACAAGUUCCGACGAGGGCCCUGGCAUCUCGGAAGGUUCAGUAUCCCGUGUGGAAUUCUAUCUUCGGUCUUUGUGUUCGUCAUGAUACCGAUUUUAUGUUUCCCCGUCGUCAAGGGAGAUAAUCUGACGCCUGGCAUGAUGAACUGGACAUCUUUGGUCUAUGGCGCUCCGAUGCUCUUCCUUAUUCUUUGGUUCUUCAUUGACGCGCACAAAUGGUUCAAGGGACCAGUAGUAAAUAUUGAGCAUCAUAUGAUAAACCAAGAGUCGGGCAUUCUUCCAACAGUGACAGGUGUCGAUCCCCUCAAUGGUGUAUCCGAGGCCAAUGGUCCAAAUUCCAAGAAAGAUCCAGAGUUGGGAAGUGAAUAA